UCCUACUGAAGUGAGGAGUGGAAGUUAAGUGGCGUUUACGUUUUGGAAAAAGGAUUCCACGUACGUUUUCUCAAGCUAAAUCUUUCUUUUAUUUAUUGAAGUCAAAAGUCGAAGGGAAACAUGCGCAAAGUGUUCUUUCUCGUGUUGUUUUUAUUUGCCUUGGUCUACUCUGAGUCGGUGCGGGAAACAGAGACGUGGAUGCCCAUGAAGACCACACGGGCUGUUUCACAUGAAGAACUCAUUUCGUCUGGAGACUCCUCCGACUCACCCAAUGGCUCCGACUUUGCGUUUCUUGACGAGGGUCGCAAUUCAUUUGACAAUGAGGAUGACGAAGACGAUGAGGAUUAUGACGACUUCUCUGGCUCUGGAGAUGAAGAUGUGACAACUUUCACAAUUAGAAACAGCAAAACCAUAAUUAAGGGUGGCAUAAAUGACAACAAGAUUCCAGACAUUGAAGGACCCCUGAGGGCCAAACCCACAGUGAAUAUAAAUGAUCUGGUCAAGAAGAAUGAGGUUUCAUUAAAUGGUAUUCUGAAACCUGAGGAUACCGGGUCCAAUGUACUGAUGGCCCAUGCAGGGGAGGAGAGCUUUUUUAACAAGUCAGAGGUCCUAGUAGCUCUGAUUGCCGGUGGAGCAGUUGGGCUUAUCUUGGCUGUCCUCCUCAUUCUCCUCCUUAUCUACCGGAUGAAAAAGAAGGAUGAAGGCAGCUAUGACCUGGGAAAGAAGCCCAUCUAUAAGAAGGCUCCCACAACAGAGAUCUAUGCAUAAUGCCCACAUUUCACCAGGCCUCCUGACUUCUAUCCAGUGCCUCGCUUCUUGUCUGUUAGCAGUUCAGCCAGGAUCUCCCAGAGGAAGAAACCCACACUAACUAGACUGCUUCUUCUCUGCUACCAUGCACCCGGAAAUGGUUCAGUCUGUACCAGAAGCAAACAUUUUAUAAUUUUUCUUUUCUUAGUUUUUUUUUUUUUUUUUUUUUUACAUGAGAGACCAAGAGAGGACUAUUUUACUGCCAAACAAGACAAAACAAAUUGUUUUUCUUGCCCAUGUAAAAAAAGUACAUUUCGCAGAGAAACUGCGGUGAAAUCGUGACAUCGCCCUUCCAUCCUCUGCUUUUAUGACACUAACAAAGUGCAAUGACAAUGUCCCAGUAAGAUGACAUGGUACAGAUAUUUAUUUUCCUCCUCUCUCUACCUUAGUACCCAUACUUGUGUCAGUACUGGUGCUACAAGAGUCUGUUACUGUGACAUUUUCUUAACUUAAUUUCUUAAAAAUAAUGAUCAGAAGUCACAAACUUCCAUUUAGAUUACAAGCUGUUUUGUCCAAAAAAAUGUGUUUGUUGAUAUGAAUCCCAGUUUGAGAAACAUUACAUGGUUCAUGCAUCCCUAUCUGUAUUCAUGUAGCCACAAAUGAUCUUCCGGGGUGUUUUGUGGGUUUAUUUGUAUAGUAUUCCUUUAAGGCAAAUCAUUUGAAAUCGCCUAGAUUUUACCUGCAGACAAUGAUGUGUAUAAAGGAACAACACACUGACAUCCUAUCUUGCUUGAUUUAUAAUCUCAGUUUUUGAUUACAAUAAUCAGAAUUGUACAAUAAGUUAAUUGAAUAGGUUAUGGUUGAUGGGGGGGGGGGGCGGAGAAUCACAAGCACAAGGUCUGUAUGCUUCCAGGGAUCUGUACAUAGCCAUUUUGAAGAAAAUGUUCAACUUGGUACUUAGCCAUUUCUUGGCAGAUGUUUAUUUACCAAAUAUUUAAAUGCCAAAAAAAUCUUCCCAAUACAUUAAUUUAAAAAUAAUUCCUGUAAAUGCUUGGGAUAAUCUGUUUCUUCAUGCCCCAAAAGCUUGUAGUAAGGAACCUGUUUAACUACCAAUGCUAGUACUAAUGUUUUUUCCUUGUCUUCUCAGUGUUUUAGUAGAUCACCGUUUUUUUUUGGUAUUAAUUUAACUGUCAAAUAUUUUGCCUUUCAGGUUGAUGGGGAUGUUUUAUAUGUGAUUUUCAUUUUUAUAUACAGUAGUUCAAUAUUUUCAGAAGCAAAUAGUUUUGAAACUGUUAUUUUCUAAGCUUUUUUUUAUUUCUUUUAGACAUUUUUAAGCCGUAAAUAUAUUUAUGUUUUGUAGAAGGAUUGCUAUGUAAUUGUUCAGGGGAUGUGAAUUUAGCCAUGUCAUUUACAUGGGGGAAAAUCUGCUGCUUUUUUUCUCACAACAAGAUAUGUGAAUCACCAAUCGAGUGGAGAAGUCAAUGAAUCAUUGAUUUCUGCAUGCGGGUAAUGAUUUUAUUUGGAAAUAAAGCUAUUUUUAUGCACAUUAAA